UCAGCGCGCGACACUGUCGUGGGUGAUUUCUCAGGUGCUAGGGGCGGGAUGGCCUGAAAGCGGGGCUCCUAGCUGAGGCGGGGACACAGAUGGGCGUGGGGUCCUAGUCUCCAGUGCCACUCACCGGCCGGUAUCCUGUCUGACUCCCGUCACGAGGUGUGUCUAUGGCUCAGGAGCUCCUGGGACAGCGAGUCUGAGCAGCUGAUGGGCCAAGAGGCGGCGCCCCGCUUCUGCUCACCUGAAUGCAGAUUAAGGAUGGGUACCGGAAAAUCCUAAAGACAGCUUUGCUAAAACUGAAGUGUGGUGCCAAGCCCAGCUGCCCGCUGUUGGCCCAGGAGGCCCUCCUGGCAUCCAGAUUCAGAUCAUGACUCCUGUGAGCAGCCACGGCGUGGCCGAGAGCAUUUUCGACCUGGACUACGCUUCGUGGAAGAUUCGGUCCACUCUAGCGGUGGCCGGCUUUGUCUUCUACCUGGGCGUCUUUGUGGUCUGCCACCAGCUCUCAUCGUCCCUGAAUGCCACCUACCGCUCCCUGGCAGCCAAAGAGAAGGUCUUCUGGAACCUGGCAGCGACACGUGCUGUCUUCGGUGUCCAGAGCACAGCUGCAGGCCUGUGGGCCCUGCUGGUAGACCCCGUGCUCUACGCCGACAAAGCUCUCGGGCAGCAGAACUGGUGCUGGUUUCACAUCACCACGGCCACUGGCUUCUUCUUCUUUGAGAAUGUGGCCGUUCACCUGUCCAACCUGUUCUUCCGCACCUUUGACUUGUUUCUGGUUGUCCACCACCUCUUUGCCUUUCUCGGGUUCCUGGGUUCAGCGAUCAAUCUCAGAGCUGGCCACUAUCUCGCCAUGACCACGUUGCUUCUAGAGAUGAGCACGCCCUUCACCUGUGUUUCCUGGAUGCUCCUGAAGGCUGGGUGGUCAGACUCCCUGUUCUGGAAGGUCAACCAGUGGCUGAUGAUCCACAUGUUUCACUGCCGGAUGAUUCUCACCUACCACAUGUGGUGGGUGUGCUUCUGUCACUGGGAGGCCCUCACCAGCAGCCUGCACCUGCCCCACUGGGCACUGUUCCUCUUUGGGCUGGCCCUGCUCACGGUCGUCAUUAACCCUUACUGGACACACAAGAAGACCCAGCAGCUCCUCAAUCCCGUGGAUUGGAACUUCGCACAGGAGGAAGCCAAGGGCAGCAGGCAAGAAAGGACCAAUGGCCAGGUGCCUCGGAAAAAGAGGCUGUAGCAGUCCCGCCCAGGGACCGGGUGGACCACGAUGCCGACUGGGGAGCGUCCAGGGUUGGGCAAAGCUCCACAGUGACUCUUUACGUAUGGAUGGGGACAUGAGUGAGUUUAUAUCUAGGCGAAUACUAACUUGUUCCUCACUAUGAAUUCUAAAGUACCCGUGAAGUAUUGCUGGGGCCUUGACGUGCCUGCAAGAGGUCUUUGCCCAUCAUGACUUUCCUCUGAGUCUUCCCAGCGUGGCCCCAGCCACAGUGUAUCUGCCAAGGCAGUGUUAGGGAAGGAGCUCUGAAGGCCAGGUGUGCCGGCCGCCGAGGAGGCCAGUCUGGAGCCCUGAGAGGAUUCAUCAGGAAGGACCUCGUGUGGGCGUGGAUGUGCCUUAUUUGGAAGUUGUGUUCUUUUUCCUUGCAACAAAUUGACCCUAAGAAAAUGUGAUUUGCUGAUGAUAUUUAUUUACUAGCCUGGGUAAUUUUAAGCCCGUGGCAGUGCACUGCCCUCUAGUGGCAAGAGGCGGGAGGACAGAGUUAUGGUAAGGGCUCAUUAAGAGUCUGCCCACCCCUCCUGGCGUGGUGGUGGUGUGAAAUCUUGUACUUCAAAAACAAACAAACAAGCAAACAAACAAAAAAAAACAAGGAACCUAAUAACCUCUUUAUUUUUUUAAAUGAGAAUUUUUAGUGAUAUACUUCUUAAUUGACAGAAUAAGGUGUCUGGAGGGGGUCCUGUACUCAAAGUCGAUCAUCCCGAGUCGCUAGGGCCCAGAGCAAGAAGCUUGCCUGACGUGACCAUGGGGACAUGUUCUCAUCGCAUUGUUUGCAGGUUAGACCUCCAGACACCGGCUAGCAAUGCUAUCGGCAGACACAAAAACUUUCCCAGAGAGGCUGGGCGUGGUGGCGCACGCCUUUAAUCCCAGCACUCGGGAGGCAGAGGCAGGUGGAUUUCUGAG